AUGAGCGAGACUGGAGAAAAUGUCCAAGGUCGGCCAAUACGGAAUGUCACCUUGCGAGUAUCGCAAAUAUUCUCGGCCUGUACUUUCUGUAAAGCUCGGAAGAUCAAGUGCAACGGCGCAACUCCAGCAUGUGGUGGCUGCGUCAAGUUUGGCCGCCAGGCAACAUGUUCUCUUUCGACGGAAUCGCCAAACCGUGGACGAGACUACCCAACCUAUCUUCGACAGAAGAUUGAAGCCGCCCAACAGCGGCUGAGUCAGCUUAAUGCUAGACAGAACAAUCUUACUUCGCCGUCAGAUACCGAGCGGUCCAACAGGAAUGAAUCUGCAGAGACCCAUCAACGAUCUAUCAUCGAUUCACUCAUCGCAGAUAUCGGAGCACUUCCCAUAAUAGCAUGUUCAUAUCCCUCAGCCGCUGAAGGGCCGACACUAUCUUCACUUGUGCUGGCAACUGCAAGCACCAACCAACUCUCAUCCGCCCUGCGAUUAACCCAAGCCAAUGAUGUUUCACCAUGUUUACCCAAAGAGUCAACGGCCUUGAGUCUGGCAAAACAUUAUUUUGAUCAGGUUUACCCACGAAUACCUUUCUUUUCUAUCCAAGGCUUCUGGGUGCAGUUCGAGCAUGUCUUCUCCGGCGUCGAUCCUCCUCGUGAACGCGGACAGGAUGGCCCACCACAAGACCCAGCCAGUGUUCUAACGCCGAGUCAAGAUGAUCUUGAUCGCUCGUCGAUAAGUCAUGGCUACAGCUACUUCACUGUUCUGUUAGUUCUGGCUAUAUCUGCUUCGAGUCUAUCACGAAGUGCUGAUAGUGUCAUAUCAACGCAAGCACAAAGACUAUUUCGUACAGCAUUGACGUUCCGCGAAUCGGCAAUCUUACCAAACACUAUCAUAGGUGUUCAGUCGAUAUUAUUCUUGAUUCAAUUCGCUACUCUCAACCCUUCGUUACUCGACGCAUGGUAUCUUAUCGGUGUCGGUAUGCGCAUGUGCGUUGACCUUGGACUCCAUCAAGAUCCACAGCCUCUUGACUCUGUCGCCACAAGUCUCUUGGAAACACGACGCCGUCUUUGGUGGAGUAUGUACUCUUUUGAUCGGUCCAUGAGUUUGGGAUGCGGCCGGCCUACUGAGAUAUCAGACUCCGCUAUUAACGUGUCCCUGCCCACGUUCAGAAUCGAGACAGCAGCAACAGCUGUUGAGGUACACGGCUAUCUGCAGCGAUAUCGUGCACUGCAGAUACAAUCCGAGAUAUACAAUCGCUUGAAUAAGUCUCCAAGCUCCGGAGCAGGCGAUGCGCGAUUAAUUCUUGAACAAAUCAGCAAGAAGUUGGGCGACUGGAAAGACUCGAGCUCUCAACUACCGAACAAGACCCUUAUCGAAAGUGAAUGGUUGAUGGGUCGCAUGCUUCUUCUUAGACCCUGCAGGCUGUUACCUCAACGGACGCAUGAUGAACUUGGUGAACUAUGGCAAGCAGCUGUUGGGUUCAUCGCGAUAUAUCGCCGAUUGGUCGAGUCUAACUCGAUAUUCUACGUGCAGAUUGCCUGCGAGAAGAUUUACUGGACUGGCCUUAUGGCUUUCUACAGCUACUGGCACCUAAGAAACAGCACGGCUAGAGAUACUAAUGCCAUGCGGCGUCUGGAUGUUUGGAUGGUCGUCAAGGAUGUCAUGUUCAUCCUUCGAGCGUUAAGUGAGCGAUGGGACCAGGGCAAACUUCUAUGUGGACGAUUCGAUGACGUGAGCACUCGUGUCCUGGAGGUGUCUGAAAACGAUAUGGGAGAUGGCAUAGCGGUCGUAUUGCCAGUUGAAUUACAGAAUUUAGAGCAGUAUACGAGCUUGACUGUCGUUUGGGCGUCGGGUGACAAAGUGGAUCAGAGGAGUGAACAUGCGCUGGACACAAACGAGCUGCGGCAUUUAGUUUCUGAGAUGUUAUAA